AUGGAAAUGAUCAGAGAGGAAACUGCCUCCAGUGAUUUUAUCUCAGAUUACAGUGAAGAAAAUCAAAAUGAUGUCAACACUAAAGCCAGACCACUUUCACAAUCCUUUAAGUUUACAUUGUUUAUGUGUCUAUUACAAGGAUUCAGUGAAAGGCUAUUUUUUAAUAUGGUUUUAUUUGGAUAUAUUUGGGGGUAUUCAUUAAACUAUUUGAAUUCGGAAUGGAUACUUUUUUCCCAACAUCUUAUUGGGUGCAUUGGUUUUUUGUUUUGGAGUCUUGUUUGCAACUAUCUGAAACCACAAGUAAUCUUAAUUAUAUCAUUUAUGAUUUGUGGUCUGAUAUCUAUAAUUCAGUCAUUUUCAAAUUCGUUUCUAACUUUGCUUUUUUGCAGAUACCUACUAUCUUUUUCAUAUGGAGCGUUGGAACCAUCUAUACAAAUAAUUUCUACAAACUACCAACUAAGGAACUCUGAGAUGGCAAAGCUAUAUGGAGCAGUGUCUUGCUACAAAAGUUUUGGAUCAUUCUUGUCUAUUGCAAUCUCUACAAUGAUUUAUCUAAAAAGUAGUAGUGAAGUUACUGUAAUUUAUUCACGUGUUAUUUGGAUAGUUACUGGAGGAUUCUCAAUAUUCAUCUCUAUGGUACUUCUAGCCUCUGUAUAUAAAGAAUUUAAGAACUCAAAUCAAAAUUCAGCUUUUGAAAUGGUUCUUCGAGAUAAUUCUCAUUACAAAAAAUUGGAAAAUUAUGUUUCAAAUAACGAAAAAAAAAAUAAGCUUAAAAUUAUUUUCAUCUAUUUUGUAAUAUUUUUGGUGGGGUUAUUGACAAAUAUAGUGAACGAAAUAUAUAGUUUCUACCAAAUAACUUCAUCAUUCUCAUUUGAAAGGUAUGAAUAUCCGGAAUUAAAAGGAGAUCAUUCUGGGACAUAUGUAUUAAGCUUAAAUUUAAUAUACUACGCGUUAAAGAGUGUAGUUUUUUUACUAGGAUCUGCAAUUGGGUCUCUUAUAUUUGGACUCUUAUAUAAAAAUAUCUAUGGUAUCACAAAAAAAAUCAAAGAAAAGUUUGAGAUAGAUUCUAUUAUUGGUCUUGGUAGGAAGAACUCCAUUAAUAUUCUAUGUUUAGCAUCAAUUUCAAUUAUUAACUUCUUCUCGUUAAAUUUCUUGUUAUUACAAUUUAUGUCUGAGAUUCCAAAAAUCUCCAAGUUUUCAAUUAUUGACAUUGUUCCUAACUCAUUCAACUUUUUCUGGCUUAUACCACAUAUGAUAGCAGUAUUCUUUAUGGGAGCAUUGUUAACAUCACUAUUGGAAAUAAUACCAAGAUUCCAGCUCAUCACUGUAAAUAAAUCUAGUACAUCAGUUGUAUCGUAUGGACUCUAUCUCAUGAUAACUCGUGUAUUUUCAGAUCCAAGCUUAUAUAAGUAUAUUUACUUAUACACUCCAGAUAAGAAUUAUACGAUUGGCAUUGGAAAUAAUUCCAGCUUCAAUAUUAUACCUUCUAUAUUUCAUUAUCCAAUAAAAAGAUGGUUUCCAAUCCAGUUAAUCUAUAAACUUGGAAAAAUGGAUUUCCCUUUUAAUUAUGUUUAUUACCAAGAAUUGCAAAUUAGUUCAAGUAUUUACUCAAUCUUAUUCUAUACAUUGGUUUCUUUUAUAACAUUACUCUUAUUUAUUAAAUUCAUACUUUGCAAAAGAAGCAGAAAAGGUAUAGAUUUUGACUAA